UUUCAGGUUCCUGGUCGCUGUGGUGGUGGUUGUUGGGCUGUUGGGGGUUUCUCUGGGAGGGCAGAUCGUGUUAUUGCCCGGUUACCGCUCUACCUAUCGCCCACCAUCGCCCCCGCUUCCCGCACGCGCUUCAUGUAUGUGAUCGCAUGCGCUUUGGGUCGAAGACAAGCAUGACGGAGAGCUCAGCGAUCAGGGAGGCGAACGGCGGUCCGGGGCACGGCGCGGCGAACGGGCUGAAAGUGGGGAGGAACGGCUGGGUGAAGAACCAGAAGCACCACCACAAGAAGCCCAGCAGCUACGCGGAGGAGAAGGUUCACCACAGCGCGUGCAAUGGAGGAUUAUAUAGCAGGCCGUUUUAUGAGUCGUUUGAAGAGACGCCCAUGUUGGUUGCUGUGCUCACGUACAUGGGCUACGGCAUCCUCACCAUCUUCGGCUACCUGAGGGACUUUAUGAGGCAGUGGAAGAUCGAAAAAUGUCACAUCGCCAGAGAAAGAGAGGAACAGAAGGAUUUUGUCCCACUUUAUCAAGACUUUGAGAACUUCUACACACGAAACUUGUACAUGAGGAUUCGGGACAACUGGAACAGGCCCAUAUGCAGCGUUCCCGGGGACAAAAUGGACCUUGUGGAAAGGGUUUCUUAUGACUACAACUGGACCUUCGGCUACACGGGCAGAGUGGUGAAAGACGUGAUCAACAUGGGCUCGUAUAAUUACCUGGGCUUUGCUGAGAACACUGGCUCGUGUGCUGAGGCAGCGGCAGAAGUCACUGUGAAAUACGGGGUCGGAGUGAGCAGCACCAGACAGGAGAUGGGAAACCUGGACAGACAUGAAGAGAUGGAGAAGCUGGUAGCCAGGUUUCUGGGUGUGGAAUCGGCCAUGGCGUUCGGAAUGGGUUUUGCAACCAAUUCCAUGAACAUUCCAGCGUUAACUGGCAAGGGCUGCCUGAUCCUGAGUGACGAGCUGAACCACGCCUCUCUGGUUUUGGGAGCCCGUUUGUCCGGGUCCACCAUCAGGGUCUUCAAACACAACAAUAUGCAGAGUCUGGAGAAGCUGCUCAGAGAUGCAAUAGUACACGGACAGCCAAGAACACACCGACCCUGGAAGAAAAUCCUCAUUUUGGUAGAAGGGAUUUAUAGCAUGGAGGGCUCCAUCAUUCGCUUGCCUGAAGUUAUAGCCCUGAAGAAGAAAUACAAGGCCUACCUGUACCUGGAUGAGGCCCACAGUAUCGGUGCUCUGGGGCCCAGCGGCAGAGGAGUGGUGGAGUACUUCGGCCUGGACCCCACAGACGUGGACAUCAUGAUGGGCACUUUCACAAAGAGCUUCGGAGCAGCCGGGGGUUAUAUAGGAGGAAAGAAGGAAUUGAUAGACUACCUGCGCUCCCAUUCACACAGUGCUGUGUAUGCAACCUCCAUGUCUCCUCCAGUUGUGGAGCAAAUUAUCACUUCUAUGAAGUGCAUUAUGGGAGAGGAUGGAACCACUAUAGGCCGUGAGCGCGUCCAGCAACUGGCGGAAAACACAGUCUAUUUCCGUAGAAGGCUGCGGGAGAUAGGUUUCAUCAUCUACGGCAACAACGAUUCACCUGUGGUUCCCCUGAUGCUCUACCUGCCCGCCAAGAUUGGGGCAUUCGGGCGGGAGAUGCUGAAGAGGAAUAUAGGUGUGGUCGUAGUGGGCUUCCCUGCCACGCCCAUCAUCGAGUCCAGAGCACGCUUCUGUGUGUCUGCAUCCCACACCAAAGAAAUGCUGGACCAGGCUCUGAAUGCGAUCAGCGAGGUGGGCGACUUGCUGCAGGUGAAAUAUUCCCGACACAGAAUCCUGCCGGCUCUCGACCGACCCUUCGAUGAGACCACAUAUGAGGAGUGUGAAGACUGAGCAUCUUCCAGUCCAAACCAAAAGUGCACUGCUCGUCUUAAGCUCUCCGAGAAGAGUCACUGAACCACUUAACAAAUGCCAUUCUUAUAUUUUUUUCCUCAUGAUUUCUUUUCUUGUUCCUCUUUUUUUUUAAAGCAUAUGGAGUUCCUAAUAAUACUGAUGAUUUAAAGUGGAAACUGUUUUUCUUUUUUUUUUUUCUGCCUUCUUUGUCAUUCCUUGUCUGUCAUUUUGACGUGAGAUUUGAGACGUGUCUUUAACUCAUAGUGACAUUUAUUGGCGGCAAAGAAAUGCUUUAAUUCCUCUUUGCCGACCACAAGAGGCUUUGGACUGCUUAUGUUCUUGCUGAAGCCAUAUGUAACUGCAACCCUCAAACCUUUUUUUUUUUUUCCCCCUCCUGCACGCUGAAAGCAUCUUUUUAAAUAAGUGGGACCAGACCUGUGGGGAGCGAAUUAUCAGUCCCAGAGACGCUGGCUUUAGAAAGCAACUCUUGGUUCUUUACUUGCUUUGAGUUAACUUUAUCAUACACCACAAUCUCCACAGAUUCAAUCUGUAUCAUACAGUGCCACAAAAGCUUCAAUAUGUAUCAUACAGAACCUCCAUAGCCUUAUACUGUAUCAUACAGAACCACAACUGCUUCUUUCUUUAUCCUUCAGAACCUACAGCUUCAUACAACCACACCAAUACACUUCAAUCUCCACCGCUUCAUACUACCACACCAUACACCUCAAUCUCCCAAUGCUUCAUACUACCACACCAUACACCUCAAUCUCCCAAUGCUUCAUACUACCACAUCAUACACCUCAAUCUCCCAACGCUUCAUACUACCACAUCAUACACCUCAAUCUCCCAACGCUUCAUACUACCACACCAUACACCUCAAUCUCCCAAUGCUUCAUACUACCACACCAUACACCUCAAUCUCCCAAUGCUUCAUACUACCACACCAUACACCUCAAUCUCCCAAUGCUUCAUACUACCACAUCAUACACUUCAAUCUCCCAAUGCUUCAUACUACCACACCGUACACCUCAAUCUCCCAAUGCUUC